UUAGAAGGUCCAAUCGCCAUGUUUUCAAUACAUUUUACGCCAAUUGUUUUCUUCACAAAUUCAUUUGAAAUUUCAAUCGCAAAAGAAUUAAGAACUUUAUAUAAUUGAACAGAAUUCAAAAUCACCCAAAAUGCAUUUCUGCACUGAAUUCAAAACACAAGUUUUAUCUCAUUUGCAUAUGCUGGCGACCAGAAAACCUUCCCUUUAUGAUGAUGUAGUAUUUAUAAUUUAGGAUUAUUUAUCUCGUGCGUUUAUAACAGGAACAACAACAAACUCAGGAUGUACAAGAGUGUUCUUUUAUGCUCUGUUAUCCUAUUGCAGGGCCACGCCGUAAUGUUUCCGGAUGUGCAGAAAGUGGGGCCGAUCCUAUCAUCCCACAGGCAAUUGCAUCGCUUGGGGUCGAAUUUACUAUAUAAAGAGUUAGUAAAUUCGACCCCAAGCGAUGCAGUUGCCUGUGUAUCAUCCUAACUAAAACAAAUAACAUUGAAAAAGAAACUCAAAGUGCACUCAAUUAUAUAUACCCGUCUGUUUUAGUCCGUUUAAAAGGCGAGCAGACGACAUUUCCUGUUGACAGUUUAACCAUAGGUAUUAGUCAAACUAAUCACGAUAAAUAUUAUAUUCCAAAAAUCAGUGAUCAAGAGUUUUUCGUUAAUAAACCAAGUGAAGAAAUUGUUAAUCCUUAAAAUAUCAAACAUGUAAAGAGAUUACUCCUAUGUUGGUGACCAUGCUCUCAGUCGUGGCCGCUUUAACGGCAGAUCGACACUCCAUUAAAAGCCCUCGUCCUCACUUGUAUGAAUAGAACGACAAUUUACAGCUCUUUAAUAAUUACAUAUUCGAAUUUCAUAAGCCUAUUACGAUAAAUCCGCGGCCUUAUGAAGUAAACCAGAAUGGCUAACAUUCAAUUGCUUUGAAAUUAUUAUCUUAGUUUGGCGGAUAGACAUUACACCUAGCAAAAAUGGACCAAAUUGUGGUUAGUGAUGUGUUGGACUACCCCCCGCAAUAUCAACCGCAGCUGCACUCAGAAUUACAAGACAUGGAUCUAAAAAGGCGAGAAACAGAAGAAAUCAGGAAGUCUUUUAAAGAAAAUGGCUCCGUGGGGUUAACACUACGACGCUCAAAAACCCUACCUCCGCUCACACCCAGAAAAGAAAUCACAGAUAAAAUCGGAGCAAAUUCGGAUGGGUCACGCCCCUCUCUACGUAAUAGUAGGCCCAAGACCCCUGAUUAUCCGUGUGUUAUCAAGCGUGUAAACAAAUCUCCACUGAAGAUUGACGCUCUUCUCAGAAGCUCAGAACCCAUUCCUCACUUCAUAGACGGGGCUUCUAAGGAGAUGCCAAGGAAGCAGUACAAAGCCAAAAGCAUCCAGGGCUGGAAAAAUGAAAUUAAAAAAGUGGUACCGCAGAGACCCGCAUUCGCAAUUUCUUCUAAUUGGGUGGCGCCACCUGCCGCAUGGGAUGACAGAGACCAUUACAUCUACUCCCCGAGAAGCAUGUUUUAUACCAACACCAAAUACGUACUUAAUAAAGAUUUCAUUGUCAAUUCGGAGUGGAUCUCUGAAAAAAUGAAAGUGUCAGACAUAUCCCCAGCGUAUCGCACAUGCGCACUCAGAUAUGGAUGGUGCUCAUGAUGUAAUAUGUUUUCAUUUUGCUGCAUAAAUGUUAGGGUUUACAUAUAUAUUGUAUCUUAUAUUGUGGUUUAAAAUAGUUUCUAAGAUUUUUUGUUGAAAUUAAAAUUUUGAAGUUUUU